CACCACAACUAACAAGACCACAACCAACACCAAAAGAAUCUUAUUCAACACAAUCCAAACCCAACCAAAACAUCCCCCCACAUCCUCUUCUCUCUUCUUCUUGUUACAAUAAAAAAAAUAAAUAAUAUUUUUAUUAACGAUUAAUCUACUUGAUCCAUUUCAUUUCAUUCUUUUUACCCACCCAUCCAAUUUACCAUGUAAACAACCUGACAAGAUUCAUCAUCUUAAUAAAAAAUAUUACUAAUAAGGGUUACAUAAAUAAAUAUAGAUAUAUAAUAAUAAAGAUGAGUCAUAACAAGGUAGAAGGAGGAGGAGGGAUGACGACGAUGAUGAUGGAAAAGGGAGUAUUAGAUGAUAUAAUAAGGAGAUUAUUAGAUGGCCGAAAUGGGAAACAGGUGCAGUUACAUGAGUCAGAGAUCCGUCAGCUUUGCGUCAACGCUAGACAAAUUUUCCUUACUCAACCUAUUCUUCUUCAUCUUCAUGCCCCCAUCAGGAUCUGUGGCGAUAUACAUGGACAAUACCAAGACCUAUUGCGGCUUUUUGAAUACGGUGGUUAUCCUCCAGCAGAAAACUAUUUGUUUCUUGGUGAUUAUGUUGAUAGAGGUAGACAAAGUUUGGAGACCAUAUGUUUGCUGCUUGCAUACAAGAUAAGGUAUCCCGAUAAAGUGUUCCUUUUAAGGGGAAACCACGAAGAUGCCAAAAUUAACCGCAUUUAUGGAUUUUAUGAUGAAUGUAAAAGAAGAUUUAAUGUCCGUCUUUGGAAGAUAUUCACAGACUGCUUCAACUGUUUGCCCGUUGCUGCACUAGUUGAUGAAAAGAUCCUGUGCAUGCAUGGUGGGCUUUCCCCGGAACUUGAGAAUUUAAACCAAAUAAAGGAAAUUGAGAGGCCAACUGAGAUCCCAGAUAAUGGGCUUCUUUGUGAUCUAUUGUGGUCGGAUCCGGAUUCUACUAUUGAAGGGUGGUCAGAUAGUGACCGUGGCGUUUCGUGUACUUUUGGUGCUGAUAAAGUUGUUGAGUUUCUAAAGAAGAAUGAUCUUGACCUUAUUUGCAGAGGUCAUCAGGUUGUAGAGGACGGUUACGAGUUUUUUGCUAAAAGAAGACUAGUGACGAUCUUUUCUGCACCAAACUACGGCGGAGAAUUUGACAAUGCUGGUGCUCUAUUGAGUGUUGACAAAUCGUUGGUGUGUUCUUUUGAGAUAUUGAAGCCACUUGAUUAUGCAAAGAAGGCAGGAACUUCUAAGUUACCUCUUAAAAAGCCAGCAAAAACCGGAACAUCCUGAUACAGAAUCGUGAGGUAGGAAGAGUUCAAAUUUCUUCUGAAGAAGCAUUUCGUGCCAAGUCAAAGUCAUGAAGUUUGAGAUUAGAGAUACAGCAAAACUAUCAGAUGUUUAAGACCAGGAUUCUGAAGGCAAUAUACAUAAUCUGCAGAAAGUAAGAUGUUUCACUGUAGGUAGAUGCAAUUAAACACCCUUUCGAGUUGGUUGUUAUUGGAAAUAUAGAUUGAGAAUGACCCCCCCUUUUAAGGAUUUUCUGUUGUAUAUUAUUUGUAAAAUCUGUUUUCCAUCCGAGGGUAUGUGAAGUUUGUGUUCCUAUGAUAGGGAUUUAACGUUUUGAAUCAUAUUAAACAUAGAAAUGAAGCUGAAAGUUCUCGAGUGUAA